UCAUCCUUAGUAAAAGUAACGCGGCUGUGAGUAACAACUCCUCUGGUCUCUGCUCAUCAGUUAAUUAAGCUCUGAUGGAGGGUACAUGUUCAUAUGGCGGUGUAACAGGUGGAGGAAGGCUCUAUUGCGCGUUCUUGAAGGAAUUUAAACUGCGCAAUUCUUCCUCACACACAGAGAGAUCGGUUUUCAGCUCAUGUCGCAGCUGUCCAGCAGCUGGGAUUUUUCCUUCACCCCUGCAGUGGGAUGGCAAAUGAUGUCACUAAUGCUGAUGCAUCUGCAGCCAAUAGAAAAGGGCCAUAUGUACCAGUUUGUGAAGAGCUUCUGUCUGAUUGAGCUCAGGGAGAUGAACAGCUUGGAGAGCCAAUCAUCAUGGAGACGAGAGUCAGCGGUCACAUGUGGUUUAUGGAUGUGAGAACUCCAUGUUUGACUGACUCAAGUGUGUAGUUCUGUUACCAUGAAAAGCUCAAAUUGAAAGUGAGGGAAAGUGUAGUGAUCUCUGUUGAGAUCUGCAGUGGAGGGAUUCUCAGACUCAUCAGUGCGGCUGAAUGUAUCACAUAGCAGAGCAGUAUUCUGGACGUAACUCGUGGGACUCCUUCCCCUCUUCUGGGCAGAAUCGAGCACCAUGGUCCCCAGGCGGCAACCGGCACUGGAUCCCUCCAUCCAGGUGCAGUGGAGGGAACUAUCAAUCCCCAUCCCAAAACUAUACAGCAGGAAGAAGCUACCCAAAUAAAGCUUAUAACAACAGCAGACCUCCAGGUUUCAGCAGGGACAGGCCCCACACACACCCCAGAGACAGAGGCAUCGGAAAAGAGCAAAGGGUCCCGAGGGGCUGUGGACCAACACAGAGCCAGCACCAUAAUCCAGUGCGCCCCACCCUAAACUACAACUCAGGGUGUGGAGGACACCUGUCUAGCAACAACAAUCACAGCAGCCAGCCACACAGGUAUGGGGGUCCACAUCAGCAGCAGCGUUCCACUGGGCGUCCCCCACAGACCCAGGGAGACAAAUGGACUCAGUCAACUCAGUCCAGGACAUUCCAAGGGCCCUCUCUCAAACGUCCUGCACCACCUCACAAUACGUCACCACCACACCGGGAUCCAUCCCCUUCACGAGACAAUUGUCUCAGCAAGAGAAGCAGGAGCGUCAGUUCACAUCAGAAUUUCCAUCUGAGAGAGAAAUAUUUCAUCAACCGUCCACCUCCAUCACAUCCACCUCGGCCAUGGAGCCCAGCAUACAAAAGCUCAAUGCCCUGGAGCCUGUCUGAGAAGAGGUCCUCCCCCUCUCGAUUUCAGGAGUCCAGUCAUUCUGUCAUGAGAGAUCACAGACCAUAUUCCAUCCCAUCACCAUCCAACAGUGCCCCAAGCCAGGGCCUCCAUAGCAAGAAACCCACCAAACAGGGGCAACCCAGUCAUCCGGUCCGAGAUCAUCCAGGCCCCCAUCCCAAUGGGGCCAAGGGGGGCUGGGAUUGCCCAUCACCAGCAAACCUCAACAGUGUGCCUUACAGUCAGCAGCACCAGCUCCCUCCACCACAGAGGCACACCGGCCCCCUCAGCAGCCCAGCCAUCUCAGUACCUCAGCCCAGAUUCAACACAGCACAGCCUGGCUGGAAAACACAGAGCCGCUCGGGAAAACAUGGCAGUAGUGAGAUGGGCCGUACCACCUCUGGCCAGGAAUCUCAAGAGUCUGUGGGUGGGGACAGGAAACGGCCAAGUGCAUCUAAACAUAUUAACCGCCAACGGAGUCCCAUCCAGCCGUACAGUGGUGCAGAGGGUAGAGUUAUUGAUUGUUCAGAAUGGAGGAGCCCAGAGACUGGGUUAAAGAAAUACAAUCAGACAGACUCAGAUUCCCCUUCUGAACCCAGCACUCAAACCUCAGACAGAGGUCAGAAGGCACAGAAGUCAGAAAUGAAGAAGAGCAGGCACUCUAAACAUCAGACUGGGUUCAGAUCCACCCACAAGAGCUCCCUCAGCAAGCUGGAGACUGAACUCUUGAAACACAUCCAAGCCAAGAGGAGGCACAAGGAGCGUUCAAGGAGGGAGAAAAAGAAGGAAGGAGAGCUGUUAGACACAAGAGAAUGGAUGGAGAAAACAAUGGAGGACAGGAAAAAGAAGAAAAUAAGGGAUGGAAGAAAGGGGCAUGAGAAGAAGAACAUACACCAAAAUUGCGGACAGUUGGGACAGAUAACAGGAAAAGCAAAGGAGGAGAGGAAAAAGGGAAUGUAUGAAGACAGGAAGAGUGAGAUGCCUUCGAAAUCAGCAUCUCCCAAUUUAGAAACAUUGUAUCCCAGUGAUUCUGAACCUCUCCUGGAUGACCUACUGUUUGAGCCACUUCAACUCAAUCACAGAGAGGAAGAGUUCUCUCGACAUACCUCAGGGUUCAUCCCACCUUCUACGUCUCCUCCUGUCAGUAAUAACCAUUGUUCUCCAUGCCAGUCAACCCUUGAAGCCAAUACUAAAGACUUAGAGGUUGACGACCAAUCAGAAUCUUCUGAGCCCGACCAUGUAGACACUAGCGAUGAUGACAGUGCAGAAGCCAAUGAUGUUGGCAGGUUCAAACUUACUCUUCCCGAUAUGCAGAGGAGUUGUGAAGAAGAAACCAUCAGAAGUAAAGAGGGUGUUUUAGGAUUGCCUAAUGCCCCAGACCUCCUCCCCGCUCACUGCACCUAUAGUGAGGAGCUCCUAAGGUUGGACCCACCAACAAGCCCACCUGUUCUGAGCUGGCAGGGCUCUCCAGUGUCAGACUUAGGUGAUGAUGAUGAGGAAGGGAAAGAGGGAGAUAUGAUUAGAGUACUGAGGAGGCCAGUGCUACAACCUAGUCCAACACACUCAUCUCCACUAAGAGACCCAGUGGAGAUCAACACUGGAGUCGACUAUUGCCACAGUGACCUGGCCAAACUGUACGGCCUUCCUGAGUCCUCUAAAGCAAUGGACAUUGAGGAAGAAGAUGAAGAAAAGAGAGAUGAAGAGCAGAAAUAUAAUAGCCCUAAUGCAUCAAGUAGCUCUGAGCCCAACAAACCACACUUGCACCAAAUGGACACAUUCGAAUCAGCAACCUCAGCGAUGGGCAGCCAUAGAUACACUUACAGGGGCGGACCAUUUGGACGGCCACCCCCUGGUGCAUUAAUUGGAGUGAAAUACUCAUCAUCUCUGUCUUUGGGUCCUGAGAUCCACCCUCCAGACCAGCACAGUCCACCUGCCACAUCUCCAAUCACAGAAAUCCCAGAUCAGGUCACACCACCACUGAUCCAGCCUGCAGAGAAGGACAAAGAGAGUGAAACUGAGGAAGAAAGAAUGGAAACCAAUGCAAAAGAUGAAGAAAUAGAAGAAGAAAGGGAGAAAACUCUUAUGCAGAAGAUGGAUGGACAAAUGGAGAUCAAAGUAGCUGAAUCAGCUAAAGACCCAACCUGCACUUCACUGGAGGAGAAGGAAACUGUAAUAUCUCCCGCCACCCUACAGGAUAAACUAGUACAAAGCUGUGAGCUUCUGCUCAAUCAAAACUCCAGCCCUCUGUCAAAGGCUAUGAGAGUUAGCGGGUCCAUGUCUACUGAGAGAGAAAAGGAACGAGACAGAAGGGCCAGACAGAAAGAUCAAGUGAGGUCUCCAAGAAAAGCUAGUCGGAAGGUAAAAGGAGAAGAUCCUGAAAAGAGUAAUGGAGAAGAGAAUAAAAAGAAAAAAGUGAAGGACGAGACCGAGACAAAGGAUUCAUUUUCUGAAGGUUUAAAUGAGCACUUGGUGGAAAUCAAGUACAAACAGGUUGCCCUAGAAACCCCAAAAAUUGACUUGAAAGAUGGAGAAACAAAAUCUAAAGAAGUCAAGAGAGAAAAAGAGACAGACAUUAAAAAAGAGACCAUGAAAGAUGACACACUAAAGGCUGAUACAUCUGCCACAGCAUCAUCUACAUCUGCCACAACCAACACACAAACCCCGGUUACUGUGACAACCUCCAGCAGACCUCCGCUCCUGGCCCGGGUCAACCUCCUUAAUCUACAGGAGUUGUCUAAAAUUCCCUUGAAAGAACUGAGGAUCUGUUUGGUCAGGGUACAGACUGGAGGUCGGGAGACUUUCAUUGCGUCAGAGAUCGAGCAGAAGACCGUGCCACUCAGUGCCAUCAACAUCCAAAAUAGUGCAGCUGAGGUCAUACAAUCCUGCAAAGGUGCAAACAUCAAGAGCAAGUUUCGAGAGUCAUACCUGCUUCCAGCAUUUUCAGUGAAACCUAACCUGUCCACCGAGACUCCUAUUCCCAGAGAGAAACUGAACCCUCCCACACCGAGCAUUUAUCUAGAGAGUAAAAGAGAUGCCUUUUCUCCGGUGCUGCUGCAAUUCUGCACAGACCCCAAAAAUGCUGUGACUGUCAUCAGAGGACUGGCUGGAUCCCUCCGUCUCAAUCUGGGUCUGUUCUCCACUAAAUCCCUGGUUGAGGCCAACUCAGAGCAUGCAGUGGAAGUGAGGACUCAGGUGCAGCAGCCAGCAGAUGAGAACUGGAAUCAUUCAGGAUCCGCCCAGACCUGGCCCUGCGAAAGCAGCAGAUCUCACACCACCAUCGCUAAAUAUGCACAGUACCAAGCAUCCAGUUUCCAGGAGAGCUUACAGGAAGAAAAAGACAGUGAAGAUGAGGAUGAAGAUGACAACUCAGGAGAAAAAACUGUGAAAAACUCCAUCUCCCAAGGAAACACUGGGACUACCACCACAUCCAGCUCGGAGCAGAAAACCACUGGAAAAAUCAUUAAAUUUGGAACCAACAUUGACUUGUCGGACCCAAAACGGUGGAAGCUGCAGCUGCAGGAGCUGUUGAAGUUGCCUGCGUUCAUGCGUGUGUCCUCCAGCGCGAACAUGCUAAGUCACGUUGGCCAGACUAUACUGGGCAUGAACACAGUCCAGCUUUAUAUGAAGGUCCCUGGCAGCCGCACACCUGGACAUCAGGAGAACAAUAACUUCUGUUCAGUGAACAUCAAUAUUGGGCCUGGAGACUGUGAGUGGUUUGCCGUCCAUGAACACUACUGGAAAGCCAUUAGUGACUUAUGUGAAAAGCACACUGUGGACUAUCUGACAGGCUCCUGGUGGCCGGUUCUGGAGGAUCUGUACCGUUCAAACAUCCCAGUGUACCGCUUCAUUCAGAGACCCGGUGACCUGGUGUGGAUCAACGCUGGCACUGUGCACUGGGUCCAGGCCGUGGGCUGGUGCAACAACAUUGCCUGGAACGUGGGCCCUUUAAAUGCCUAUCAAUACCAGCUGGCUCUUGAACGCUUUGAGUGGAAUGAGAUCAAGAAAGUCAAAUCAAUCGUCCCCAUGAUUCACGUGUCCUGGAACGUCGCCCGCACAAUCAAGAUCACAGACCCAAACACAUUCAAGAUGAUCAAACAUUGUCUCCUCCAGUCCAUCAAACACAUUCAGAUUCUGAGGGACCAGCUGGUGUCUGCAGGGAAGAAGAUCUCCUAUCAGAGCAGGGUGAAGGAUGAGCCAGCGUACUACUGCAACGAGUGCGAUGUGGAGGUGUUUAACCUGCUGUUUGUGACCAGUGAGAACAGCAGUAGGAAGACGUAUGUGGUUCACUGUGAGGACUGCGCUCGGGAGCAGAGCCCCAGUCUGAGCGGGGUGGUGGUGCUGGAGCAGUAUCGCAUCAGUGAGCUCAUGAACACAUACGAUAACUUCACCCUGGCUCCAGUCCCAAGCUGUAGGUGAACCUGAUGUCUGAAUCUACACAGUCAUAACCAAAUCUCCCACCCUCCUGCCACAAAACAGCGGCACAAACCUUACGUUCUCCUUUUUUAUUCUUUUUUCAUUUUUCUUUACCAAAACCACUACUGCAGACUUACAGAACAGCCAACCAAAGCGCUGUUUACUUCACAUUGUUUACAAUACUAUCAGCCGAUGUCUCUCCAGCGCAGUUGUCUUCCCUCAGCCAGCUACUGACGGACGUCUGAUAGUUCUCCCGCUCCUGAUUACAGAAUGACUAGAGUGGUGCUACAUCAUUGGACUUGGCUAUCAGGUCACUCAUCCACAAUGGAUAACUGCUGUGAUUCCUUUUUUAAAAGAAAUUGUCAACUUGCCGAACAUGUGCAUUAAUUCAGGUACUGAUGUAGUUUACGUUUUUUAUGCAAAUGGAAGACAAUUUCACCAGUCCAGUUUGUCUCUGGUUUAUCUGAGUAAGUGGUGCUUUGAUACAAUGUAUAUAACAGCAGGGGACUGAUUUCUCUUGGAGCUGAUGCCCAUUGCGAUGGCAUUACGUUUUUUUCUGUUGUUACGUUCGUGUCAUAUUUACUACAAGUCUGACCUUUGUAAAUUGGUAUUUGCAUAUUUGACUGGGUGCUAUUUUUUUUAAGUCAGGCUUUAAGGUUUUCGGAAAGAAAAAAAAAAAAAACUUUUUUAACAAUCUAGACUAAGACCAUUUGGGCCUUGUAGUAUGCAUUUAGACAAAAGAUGAUUUCCUGGUAUUUGAUGAAAUAAAUAAUGACUUUUUUAGAGCAUUAAACUAUCACGUGAGGUACAGUAUAUGUAACAGUUAUUCCAAAAAAUACGGGUUUAAUCGAAAACGUAUUUGAUUGCAUUUGUCUGGAAAACCUUGUGUGUGUUACGUGAAUCAUUUUUUACAACUAAAAAAAAAAAACAUUAUAAUAAUAAUUCCUGCAAACUUUCUCAGUCUGAUCGACUCCUUUAAUUAGAUUUUCUUAUUUUUGGAAUCAUAACUGAAUUAUUCUUUGUUGGCUUUGUUUUGUAUUUAUUUACUCAUCUUUUCCUUUUGUAUUUAUUGAUCGUUCGUGAUGCUUCUCUUUUCUGAGACAUGCGUAUUUUGUAAAUCUUUCUGUUGUGCUGAUGUGGUGAGGCUUACGGGGGGACGUCUGAUUCAAAAUGGUGCUGAUCCCCCUUCCUCCCGGCUCUUUCUCUGUCUGUAUAAAUGAUCCGUAGCUUUGAAAACAUGAAUUUAAUAAUCUCACAAGUUGGUGCUUAGAACAGAGUCAGUACACUUUAAUGAACUGAAUGUCUUUGUACUGUAUAUUUAACACAUUGUUUGCUUUACAUGAGGUACAGGAUAUUGUGAUUCCAGUCAUCCUAGCUGUUCUGAUUUAUAUCAUAUUUGAUGAAUUGCAGAUUAUUGAGAGUUUUCAGAUUUGCGUUCCAUCGAUACCUCUCAGAGUUUGUUUUCAGGUUCAUUGCCAUUCUUGGUUUGUUUUACUGUAUAAGAAAAAAGAAAAGAUAAAAUGAAAACGAAAAAAGCAAAGGAAAACAUUAAGAACUGAGCCAGACUUGUCUAAAACAUUUUGUGAUUUUUGUGUGUUAUACCUGAUAUAAUUCUAACUAUAAAAAAUAAAACAUUCUGAUAAAUUCC